AUGACAAAGCCCAAUCGAGCACCAGUUUUCAAGUCAAAGGGUAAAAAAUGCGAACAUAUGGAUGACUCCCUUGAUUUGGAACUUGCUGAUAAGCAUCACAAAGGCAUGUAUUACUAUCACCACUAUACUCAUCUAACUCUUUGUAUAGUGUCUUCUCCCAUCAACAUAUCUGAUUCAGAUGUCUCCCACAAUGGCAAUCACAGCCUUCUUGGUAGCCUCAGCAACAAUUCUGACAAUCAGUACAAGCCUGAUCCACCUCUUCCUGCACUCCCUCCUUCCUCGCCACCUCAUCACAGCACAUCUGGCAGCCUCGGGAACAGUUCUGACAUUCAGUACUAUGAGCCUGAUCUGCCUCUUCCUGCACUCCCUCCUUCCUCGCCACCUCAUUAUGGCACCAUUCUUCCUGGCAUCCCACUCGGCAAUUCAAACAAGGAGAAUGUCCCUGUUAUCCUCAAGAAUCCCCUUGUGAAUAUCUUUGGUGGGCCCAGUGGCAUCCCCAAAUUCAUCCCCACUCCAGCAAUUCCUCUGAGCACAGACUCAAGCAAAGGUGGUCCUGUCAAGAUGCUUGAAGAUGUGGCCAGGUUCUAUGAAGAAUGGAAGAUGAACAAAAAUGGAACCAUGGACAAAUUCAAGCUCUACUGGAACACUCUAGCGAUGGCUCAGCAAGAUGAAUAUCAAGCCGAGGCCAAGCAUCUUGACAGUGCUGGUGCCUGGAAGAAGGCUUCUGAUUCUGCUGUUGUCAAUGGUGCUCUCCACUAG